GCUUCCCUUCGCUGGGAAGGUCCUGGAUGCCUCUUCCAGUGAUGGAGCAGGAUGCGGAGAAGGAGGUGCUGGCCCCUUCCCCUCCACAGCAGCCCUGAUAGCCUUCUGGGGUCAGUGGAACCCUGUGGCCUGACAGAAGGGAUCAUACAGCUUCUCGAUCCCACAUACUCCUGUGGCAGAAGGGAGCAUGGUGUCCCCGCCAGCUCACUAUCAGCUGCUGUAACCAGGGAAAAGGGGAAGGCCGUGUCUUGGGACGUGGUGAUAACCCGGGGGAUGUGGCGGAGCACAAGCCGGUACCCUGCCACAGCACUGCUCACCAUGGAGGGACCACACCGCUGCUGCCUCCUCCUCCUCCUCCUCUGCCUGCUCCCACCACUGCCUCUGGAGGAACCUCAGGAUCUGCCACUGACACUGUCCAGCACCGCUGACCCCACUGCCCACCUGCUGCGCGGCCGCCCCUCAGCCCCAGUGCGGCCCUACAGCCUCUCGCUGUCCCCUGAGGAUUACCACUACUCCCCCAAGCCCCGGCACCUGCGCCCUGGGCGGCUGCGCCGGCUCCUAGGCUCGGCCUUCGACCCCUUCUGGAUGGCGACCGAGGAGCCCCGGGGUCGCAACAGCAGCAUCCUCGAGGAGAACCUGGAGUCCAUGAGCAGGGACCUGGCAGAGGGUGCCGGGCGCUACCGCCGCAAGCUGUGGCGAGAGGUGGAGGGACUGGAGCUGCCCAACCUGCUGCCCCCUGGCCCGGGGUUGCCCCCUGAGCUACCUGGGGCCCUGGCCCGCCACCUGCAGCAGUGGCUAGUGGAACUGGCUGCCUGCCGCCUCACCUCCACCUGGGUUGACCUGGGACCCGUCUUCUGGCCCCGCUGGGUGCGCCACACUGCUUGUGACACCAGACCCCCUGGCUGCUCCUGGCCCCCUGGCAUGAUCUGCCGCCCCACACAGCUCACUCGCAUCAAGCUGCUGGCCUGGCACUGCUGGGUCCCCCAGCACCCAGGCCCACCAAACUGCGCCUGGCGGCAGAUCCCCUACCCUGUUGUGACUGCCUGCAAGUGUUCCUGUCGCUGAGGGGGCUGCAGGGGGCUAUGGAGGGACCCCAUGGUACCUGUUCUUGUAGCCAAAAGGCCUGAAAAGGCAAGAG